AUGUCAAAUAAAAAUAAUAGAAAUAAUAAUAAUAGUAAUAAUAAUAGUAACAAUAAUGGUAAUAAUUUCUUUGAAGAUGAAGAUUUUUUCGAUGAAAACUAUAGUGAUUCAGAGGAAGAACUUGAUAAUAGACAAAACAAAAUCCAAGAAAAUCAAAGAUCACCAACACAAAGUACUUUAAAUGAUUCUAUUAUUAAUAAUGAUGAUUUAGAAUUUGCAAAUCAAUUAUUAUCUGUUCAAAGACAAUUAAAUAUUAAUAAUAAUAAUAACAAUAAUAAUAAUAAUAAUAAUAAUAAUGAAAAUAAUAACAACAAUAGCAACAGUAAUAAUGGCAAUAGUAAUAAUACAACCACUACCACAACCACUACUACAACAUCAGCACCAUCAACAUUUAUAAAUUCUCCAUCACUUUUAAAUAAUGUUAAUACCAUUUUAUCUAAUAAUAACAAUAAUACCAAUAGUAACAGAACAUAUAACAAUCAACAAUCGAAUGAUAUUUUACCUAUAAAUAGUAGAAACACUACCACUACAACCACAACUUCAACAUCUUCUUCAUUCAACAAUCAAAGAAAUAAUAAUAAUAAUAAUAAUAAUAAUAAUAAUAAUGAUAAUAGUUAUAAUAGUAGUAUUUACCAAAGUGGAGAAGAGUUUGAGGAUGAUAGUGAUACUGAUACAUUUGAGUUAUUAAAUUCAAGUAAUAAUAAUUUACGUGUAAUUAAUAAUAAUAGUAGUAAUAAUAAUAGUAAUAAUAAUAAUAGUAAUAAUAAUAAUAGUAGUAAUGAUGAUGAAAAUAAUAAUCAAGAGGCAACAAUUGAUAAUGAUAUAGAUUUACCAAUUGUUAAUCACUCUGGUUCAGAUUAUGAAAACUUUUUAGAGCUCAAAAAAACUGCAAACAUAAUUAAAGUAUUGGCAAUUUUAUUAAUGUUUAAUGUAUAUCUUGCAGUUGAUUUAUUAUUUAGAGUUGCAUAUUUAUUUACAGAUUUUGUUCAACUAAGAGGAUUUGGUAUAUUUAUUUCACUUUUAUUCAUUUCUUUACAAGGUUAUAUGACAUACUUUUGUUAUAUGUUUUAUAAGAAAUUACCAAUUAGUAGAGAAACCUUUAGAGAAUUCUUUUUACAUGAUCAAGGUUUUUUCUUUUAA